AUGUCAACGCCGUCAAGGAAAAGCAGCUCUCCUAACAACGAGCAGCAACAGCCACCUGACGAGAGUAGCAGCUGCCAGCUAAAAUCAUCUGACGCUACCUCCUCGUCACUUAAUCUCGAUGGCAUAAAUUAUACACAUCCACCCACACGGCCCAGACCGUGCAAGCGACUUCCCAGCAGACGUAAUGGAACAGAAAGCAACAGCAGUCGUAUAAGCUGGGGCUGGUCGACAUGGUCGCUCAAGCAACAGCGACGUAAGAGCCAUUCAGCACUCCCAAUGCUCUUUCAGCAACGACGACGCACGUUUCCACCACCAUCACGGGUGCUUGAAAAUGAAAAACGACGGUUCACUUACGGGGCAGGCAGCGGGAAAAAGAAAUUUGUUCGGAUCAGGCGAAGACAUAGUCUGGCAGGGAUCUUGUCCACACUCAAAGGCAAUGGCAGCAGCAGUCGAAACCAGCAAUCCGGCAACAAACAUUUAUCUGUACGAUCAUCCAUGGUGCUUCACAUUUCUGACGAAGACGCAGCAGCAACAGACGUGCCUGAAAUCCUUUACGGCGACUGCAUUAUAUCAGAAAGCAUGUUUUCAACACAAUCAUCCAGCUGUCAAUAUUGCAAUAGUUACAUUGGUAAUAGUACACCCAACAAUAAUAGCUCAACAUGUCCACACUGUCAUAAUCAACGCCACCACCGUAACUAUAACAACAUCCACCCACCACCUUCUUCUUCAUCGUCUGGAUCACGACCACAACAGCGCGGGCGCCUGUACACCGAAGGAAACUGGUUCUAUAGCUGGGUGCAGCACCAUCCACGCCGUAAAAAGAACAAACAAAGACUCAUUCGCAAAAACAGCAGUAGUAACAGCGGCGGUACGAACAAUACAUCAACGAAAAAGCAUACGUUCAUCCGGCCACCGACGAUAUCCGAUCUUUCGUCUCUGUCAAACCCGCUGUCCAAACUCGAUUCCAUCAUCCAUCGCAACUACCCACACCGAUUCUCGGCGUUCUGGUUUGACACCCAUGGACGUUCGGGCAAACAGCAGGUGCACGUUGACGGCAAAGGCACGGUUGCAGAAAUCCGUCAUGACACACAACGUUGGCGCUGCUCUCCUUCCACGGUCCAAUCAUCCAUAUUCCUGUUUGGCUUUCUAUUUUUUCCAUUGUGGUGGGUCGGAGCAUGGAUGUAUCUUCGGCAUCCUGCUCGCACGUCAAAACAGCACACUACAGAAUCUCAAUCGUCGUUAUCGUUUGCAGCUCCUCGUUUCAUCGGCAUGUUAAAUUGCUGGAUGAGUUGUUUUAGCGUGGUUGUUGUUCCUGUUCUCGUCGGCUUGGGCGUCUGGUAUCAUUACGCCGUACGUAAUAUGUAA